AUGUUGGCCAGAACUGGCACCAUCGUUAGAAAACAUCGAAGACGCUCCAGCACAACCAGCAGACAUGGUGCCAGGAGAGAGUCUACAGCAACGCCGAGUCCAUCCGUGUGUCCAACACCCUCUCCGUCUCCCAGUUUCAGCUUGUUUGCUUACGAUCAUGGAGGGCAGUAUUCAUCAGGGCCCCUGCCUCCUAACACCUUCCCUAUACCCUUCCUGCCUUCUGAAUCAGCAAAUUUCCCUAACGCGCAUAUCAAGGCUGUCACAUUCAGUUUCGAUGUCAGACAAGUAAAUAGUCAGCUGGGUUUGAACAAGAUUUCUCCUGUUCGAUUAGAAUUAGGUGUUGAACUUUCAA